AUGCGCAAUCAGACGGUCCAGGGCUGCAUCACAUAUGCAUCGCUGCCGGCAGAAGUGGAGCACCUGUGCCAGCUGGCGCUGUCCUGCGGCGUCGAAGCAGUCGGCUUUGAUAUUGAGUGGCGUGUCACCUACAGGCACGCCAUUUGCCGCCCCACCAGUGAUUCGACGGGUGAGACGCCGCGGCCAGUGGCGGUGAUUCAGUUGGCGCUGCGGCCGCCAGGCGGGGCCUACCGCGUGUUCCUGCUGCAUGUGUACCAUAGCGGCCUGACUCCCGCCCUGCUCACACUCCUGCGCAGCCCGGAAUUGAAGAAGGCGGGCGUGGGGUGCUGCGGGGAUGCGCAGAAGCUGAUGAGGGACUUUAGCGUGGCAUGUGAGGGGAUGGUGGACCUGUCUGAGGAGGCGAACCUGCGCCUAUGCGGCCCCAGCUCUGCCCGCCAGCCCGAGAAGUGGAGCCUCGCACGGCUGGCAGCGGCGAUGCUGAGCGCGGAGCUGCGCAAGGACCCGGGGGUGCGCACAUGCAACUGGGAGACCUGGCCGCUGUCUCUGGAGCAGCAGCAGUACGCCGCCCUGGACGCCUACGCCUCCCUAAUCCUCUACCAGCGGAUCACGGUGCUUCCCCUGCCGCAGCUACCGUCACAGCCCCAAGAGCCCGAGGGCGAUGCGUCCGAUGAGGAGCAGAGCCCCCUGGACGUCCCGGCAGCGCCGAUUGUGGCGCACCUGCAGCCGGCCAAGAUGGCCGUCUGGCGAUUCUUCGGGGCGUCAAUCCGCGCGAUCGCGAGACAGCGCAAUAUCCAGCGCGACAGCGUGGAGGGGUACAUCGCCGAGGCCAUCACUGCCGGGGCCGCGUACGCGUGGCACCACGCGCAUGAGCCUGGCCAGGAUCUGGUGGAGCAGCUGCAGGAACGUGGUGUAACAGUGAAGAUGCUGAAGGAGCAUUUACCAGAAAGUGUGAGAUAUGGCCAGAUCAGGCUGUGCUUGGCCCACAUUGGCCGGUUGGGCCUCCUACCACAGCUGCUGGCGGACGCAAACAACUCUUGA